GGAACCAUUUCUUUAGAUAUUCUUUUAAUAGGUAAUUAUGUGUGUGUUUUUGUAAGCUGUCAGUUAAAAACCUUCAUUAUGAUUACUACGAACUAUGACAUACUAUCAGGUAAACAGUAAGUACAUUCAUCACACAACACGGGAAAUGACAGACGACGGCGAGACAGUUGAACGCCAGUAUAUAAACACGCAACGAUACUGUCCUUUCUAUAUCAACGUAAUGUAAUUAUGAUGAAAGGCACAAUUCUUACACUGGUAUUUGGGUUUUUUGUGACGCUUAUUUUUCACGAAUCUUACGGACAGUUCCCACCUCAGGAAUCUGGUAAAUGGCGGAAUCGUUACAUUCAGUAUUAUUUCCGAUACAUCUGUAGGGAUACCCGGUGUACCGGUUUUGAGGACGUUUGCGAGAUCCAACCCAUGCCUUGUUUAAUUCCUCCAUGUCCUGAAGGUCCACAGUGUGUAUCGACUCCAGGAAGUACUUCUAAACCUGGUAACUGUCCAGGUCCCUAUAGAAUUUGGACGAGACGUGCCAGGUGUAACACCGACUAUGGUUGUUAUGGGUCACAGGUGUGUUGUCAUGGUGUCUGGGGAAGCGAAUGCAGACCGCCAUUUAUGAGUUGAGAAUAAGUAAAUGAAGCACAAACAUAAAAGGACUCUUUAUCACUGUAUUGAAAACUUGAAUAAAAUGUUCAUACGUGAAA